AGUCGUCACUCAAGUCUGAAAAUGUGAGUUGGUCAGCGGAGGAGCGGCAAAUUUUCGAUAUUCAAAUAUCUAUUCGGUUUUUUAGUUUAAGUAGUGAUUUGAUAAACUUCUGAUAAUAAGUAAGUGAUGGCGCAACAUUCUGAGUAUUCGUUUUCGGUUAGGCGACAUAGGCCUGCUAAUUUUACGUUUAGUUCAAAUGAGGAUCGCCAAAAGAGUUAUAAGAGUAGUACUGUUGAAGAGCACACAACUACUAUUAAGGAAAACCCGAGGAAAUACUCGACGUACACGUUUACUAGCAGGCGACGACAAGAUGUGCCUUCCUUCGAAGAAAGAAUGAAAUUUUUUAGGAUGGCGAGCGAAUCUCCCACGGACAAUAAUGCAAAUGGUACCGAGCCGCCGCUUCAGACAAUCAUAAAAAACCCAUCAAGGACGACAGUAACCACAACUUCAUUACAGACCAACUCCCAAUCCAGUACGACAACGACACGCGUUAGCAAAACUUCGACCAGCGCUUCAACGACCAGCCAACGGCGCCAGAUCACUGAUUUAAAAGCUUCCAACAUGAAGAACGAUUUAGUAGACUUCAAAAACAACAUAAACGACAUGAAAAGCAGCCUACCCAACACCCUCUUGCAAAUAAGAAACUCGCUAGAAAAUUUAGUCGAUGCCGAAGAAAUCAAUGAUCCCAUCGUUACGUUUCCUGAUGAUACCCCAGUGCCCUCCGAAAUCGGCUCACCCACGAACGCUGUGGAAUCGCUUAAAUUUGAACAGAAGACUACGAAUAACUUUAAGAAGACCACGGUAAUGAAAGAUGGAAUCAGUGCCGAAAAAGAAAGUGCCAAAAUCGCGGAAAUGAAAAUACUUCAAGCAGGUGAUGUUUCGUACGAAGAAAACAACGCAGCUCGGGCUACUCGAGCGAGAGUUGAAAUCGAUGGAGUUUCUGCGGAGAAAAGUCAAGUCAUGGCCAAAGAAGCUAGAUCGCUCAAAGCUGGAGAUCUCAGUCAACAGGAGUCCAAGAACCUGGCUCAAACAAACAUGAAAGUUACAACAGACAAGUUCAGUAGUGAGAGAACAGCCAUGGAAUCGCAGCAACAAAGGCAGACUGUUACAGCUAGCGGCUUUUACAAUCAAGAAAAACACAGUUCUAGCACAAGCCACAUAUACACGUCUUCUUCUUCGAAAGGUCUUAGCACAUCGGCAAAGAUCAAUGCGACAAGACAGUUUCACUUAUUAAAUGGCACCCCUGAAGAAGCAAUAUUAAACACAUCGUUAGAAGAUCUCGAAAGUCUCUCAGCCACUUCAGAUGUCCACGAUAUUGAAAGAGCAAAACACAAAUAUUCUACAUAUUUAGACGAAUCUAUUAGAUGCCUUCAAAAACUAGAUCAAAAUAAAGAUGCACCCUUGGUGUUAGAUAAAAUUAAUGACGUCAUGCGUAAGGCAUGGGCAGUACCGACCUAUGGUCAUGAACUUGGCUACGCUCUAUGCAACGCACUGCGGAACAGCGGUGGAUUGGAUCUGAUAAUGCAGAACUGUACAAAAUCGGAUAAGAGUCUGCAAUUUGCUAGCGCUAAAUUACUAGAGCAGUGUCUUACUGCUGAAAAUAGAGCACAUGUAGUAGAACAUGGUCUAGAUAAAGUUGUAAACGUAGCGUGUGUCUGCACAAAAAUUUCAAAUUCUGUCGAUCAUUCAAGGGUAGGAACUGGAAUACUGGAGCAUUUGUUUAAGCACAGCGAAGAAACGUGUAGCGACGUCGUUAGGCUCGGUGGUUUGGACGCUUUAUUAUUCGAAUGCAGAAAAAGUGACGUAGAAACCUUGAGGCACUGUGCUGGAGCUUUAGCAAACCUUAGUUUAUAUGGUGGCGCCGAAAAUCAAGAAGCUAUGAUAAAGCGAAAAGUACCGAUGUGGUUAUUCCCAUUAGCAUUCCACACCGACGAUAAUAUUAAGUAUUACGCAUGCCUUGCCAUAACCGUAUUAGUAGCUAACCCCGAAAUUGAAGCUGAAGUCCUGCAAUCUGGUACUCUUGGCCUAGUAGAACCUUUCGUGACCACACACAAUCCUUCCGAAUUCGCGAAAUCAAAUCUAGCUCACGCUCAUGGGCAAAGUAAAACCUGGUUGAAAAAUUUAGUUCCUGUCUUAAGCUCAAAACGUGAAGAAGCUAGCAACCUAGCCGCCUUCCAUUUCUGCAUGGAAGCCGGAAUAAAGAAGCAGCAGGGAAACACUAACAUGUUCUCCGAAAUCGGUGCUAUCGAAUCACUAAAAAAAGUAGCCAGUUGUCCUAAUGCCGUCGCCUCAAAAUAUGCAGCUCAAGCCUUAAGGCUCAUCGGAGAGGAAGUUCCUCAUAAAUUAAGUCAACAGGUGCCGUUAUGGUCUGUGGAGGAUGUUGAGGAGUGGGUAAAACAGAUAGGAUUCCCAGAAGUUUCGAUUAGUUUCGUAGAAAGCAGAGUUGAUGGAGAUUUGUUAUUGCAGCUAACAGAAGAAAAUCUUAGGGAUGACAUUGGUUUAACGAAUGGCAUAAAAAGAAAAAGGUUCACACGAGAACUUCAACAGCUAAAAAAGAUGGCAGACUAUACCUCUAGAGACACAUCCAAUAUCAACAACUUCCUUCAAUCAAUGGGACUCGAAUUCUCUAUAUAUACUUACAGUUUCUUAAAUGCUGGGCUUGACAAAAAGGAUUACCUACGAAAUAUCUCUGAGGACCAGUUAUUAUCCGAAUGUGGAAUCAGUAAUUCUAUUCACCGACUAAGGAUAAUGGAAGGUAUUAGACAAUUAGAAAAUGGUCUCGCCAACGGAAUGAACGAAGACAACCAAGACAAAUCCUUAGAUGUUUUCGUCAGCUACCGACGGUCGAACGGUUCCCAACUCGCCAGUUUACUCAAAGUCCACCUGCAGCUCCGAGGAUUCAGUGUCUUCAUCGACGUGGAGAGACUUGAAGCCGGAAAAUUUGAUAACAAUCUUUUACAGAGUAUUCAAAAAGCCAAACACUUCUUGUUGGUGCUUACGCCGAAUGCUCUAGAAAGAUGUAUAGGAGACAUUGAAAGAAAAGACUGGGUACAUAGGGAAAUAUGUGCAGCUCUAUCAGCUAAUUGUAACAUCAUCCCAUCAUCGACAACUUCAUCUUCCCUGAACUCGAACAGUUGCCGGAAGAUAUGAGACAGGUCUGCCACUUCAACGCCGUUCGAUGGAUUCACGAUUACCAGGAUGCUUGUGUGGACAAACUAGAAAGGUUUUUAAAUGGUACUUGUAUAGAUCACACAUAACCGCAUUUGGAAACCAUUCCACUAUUGUUUUAUUGCAUGUUGUAAUAAUUUAUUUUUAAUAAAGACUUAGUGCUGG